AUGACAUUCGCAGUUUGUCUGUUGCCUGAUUGUUGUUGCAGGUACGAAGAAUUUGUAGAAAACGUUCUCAAAGCCAACCAUCGGAAAUGCCUGCUGGAUUGGCAAGAAGCAGCAGACGUGGUUGAGCAGUGCAAAGACUUGCGACGGGAUAUCUCAAUGCUCAUCAAGGAGGACGUGUCCGAGCUAGAGACCACUGUCGAGCUGGGCUGUCAGUUCUUCGUGAAAGCGUUGGUUCCGGACACCAGCUGCAUCCUGGUGGACGUAGGUCUGAACUUUCGGCUUGAGAUGCCACUGGCGGAUGCAGAAGCAUUUCUGGAAGACAAGGAGGCACAUCUUCGGAAUGGCUUGGAGUUGAAAAGCAAGCAGGUUGCCAAAGUGAAGGCAGAUAUCCAUGAAGCUUUGCACCUCAUUGAUUUGAUGACAAGCCUCCAGUCGGAUCCUUGGAUGAUUCCGGCUGAGCUUGGCACCCAAAAAGCAAGGGCUCAGGGAGGAAUGCUUGCUUCGACUGUUGAACUAGCGCCUGAGACCGUGCUGACCUGUUUGCCAGAAUCCUUAGUAUUCUUUUUUGGCUUCAUCUCAGGCACGGCCAAAGUCCUGCGAUGCUCGAAGUCGCAGGAAAAUGCUUGUGAGGAAGCUUGCCUUCGCAGAGCAGGAUUGGGCUCUCCCCUCUUCACAACGUGCAGCGCUGGUGCAUUUCGAAAGUCGCGCGAAGCCGGAUUUAGUGAGCCACACAAUGAGCAAGAGAAGGCAAGCCCGGUUUUGUGA